UUUAAGUACGGUUCUCCACACACACCUCUACGGAUCCUAACUCUUAUAAGCUAUAAAUACCAAAGUGGGGGUAACGUUUUUCACUUAGGAGACACAAACAACCACAAGUGUUCUUCCUCUGUAAACACACAAACUCUGUUCCUAUUUCAGAGUACUGUCCCUUUACCUCGUACACAUCAAACAAUGGAAGGAGAUGGGUAUUGUGGGAGUUUCUUUCAGAGGUGCAAGCCUUACAUAGCCAUGAUUUCUCUGCAAUUCGGGUUUGCGGGUAUGAACAUAAUCACCAAGGUUUCCCUCAACCGUGGGAUGAGCCACUAUGUGCUUGUGGUUUAUAGACACGCCUUUGCUACUGCAGCUAUUGCUCCUUUUGCUAUUGUUCUAGAGAGGAAAGUGAGGCCCAAGAUUACAUUUCUCAUGUUCAUGCAAAUAUUCGUGUUGGGUCUCCUUGGGCCUGUGAUUGAUCAGAACUUAUAUUAUGCGGGGUUGAAAUUUACUUCCCCUACCUACUCAUGUGCGAUAAGCAACAUGCUCCCUGCUAUGACAUUUGUGAUGGCUGCUAUUUUCAGGAUGGAGAAGUUAAACGUGAGAAAAGUAAGAUGCCAAGCAAAGGUGAUUGGAACUGUAGUAACAGUUGCUGGGGCCAUGUUGAUGACAUUGUACAAAGGGCAAGUAAUCAGUUUCUUGGGGUCUAAGUACAUGCAUCACCCAAGAAACUAUGUACCUGAAAACAACACUGAUUCUGGUGAAAAGGAUUGGUUCAAGGGUUCUGUUCUUCUCGUACUUGCCACCCUUUCAUGGGCUUCUUUCUUCAUCCUUCAGGCAGUGACAUUAAGGAAAUACCCUGCUCAGCUCUCCCUCACAGCACUUGUGUGUGCCUUAGGUACACUGCAAUCAAUUGCAGUUACCUUUGUCAUGGAGCACAAACCAUCUGUUUGGACCAUUGGCUGGGACAUGAACCUUCUUGCUGCAGCCUAUGCUGGAAUAAUAUCAUCAGGUAUCACCUACUAUGUUCAAGGGAUUGUCAUGCAGAAAAAAGGGCCUGUUUUCGUUACUGCUUUCAGCCCUUUGAUGAUGAUUAUCGUAGCCAUCAUGGGUACCUUCAUCCUUGCAGAAAAAAUAUAUCUUGGAGGGGUCAUUGGAGCUAUUCUCAUAGUAAUGGGACUUUACUCGGUUCUGUGGGGCAAGCACAAGGAGAACAAAGAGAAAGAGGCAGAGAUAACCAUUGAGGUAUUGAAGUGUUGUUCAGAAAAUGGGAUGAGGUUGGAGACUGUGGUAGAAGAUGCUGAAACAAACAACGACAUUGAGAUGCAAAAGGGUGAAGCCUCAAGAGAGUUAAGGGUAGCCAUUGGAGUUCCAAAAGUUUAAAGUGGUUAAGAUUAGAAAGGAAAGGGAUGAAUAAUAAUAGAGGCUGCAAUGAAAAAAGGGGUCUUUAAUUGAGAGCAGAGAAAUUGAAAGGGGUUUUGUUUUGUGUACUCACCAUCUUUCUUCGGAAAAUUAACUAAGGCUUAUUUUUUUCUUUCUUUUUUGUAUUUUGAUUAGGACCUUAUGUGUGGACCUUACUGUCCAUAAUGUAACUUAAAUUUUGCACACUUUGGUGAAAGGAAAAUUGACAUUUGCAGAAA